AUGACAGGCGCUUUGAAUCCUAUUCAUCGUGGUCACAUAUCGAUUAUGAUCAAAACAAGAGAAUAUUUGGAACGUGUAAAUAAUUUUAAUGUUAUUGCUGGUUAUAUAUCACCGACUCAUGAUGACUAUGUUCGACGCAAAUUAAAAAAUGAACUUAUUCUUGGUCGACAUCGGAUUGAAAUGUGUCGAAGAGCUAUUGACGAAGCGCGUCAACAACAUUGGUUAAGUAUCGAUAAAGCCGAAUGUGUGGGUAAGUUGACAUUUUCUCCGAUACAUUGA